UCCAAACCGUUACCAUACGAUAGCAACUUUACGUUAAAGGAAAAUGUUGUGCGUGCAGUGUGGAACGAGGAGCAAUCCUUGUCGGUGCAAGGUGGUGGGGCCGACGCUCGGAGUUCUAGCUUGUGCGGUGGCAGCGGUGGUGGAAUGGCCGGAGGGCGCGGUGGUGUAUAUUUUCCGCCACAUGAAAGGCCGAAGGAUCAUGGCUCACCCAGUUAAUGUGGUUUACCCCCGUGUUUCCAGGUCUAUUCCCAUUUAGAUCAAUUGUAAUUUGUGCGUUUCACAGUUUUUCUUCUAUUUUCUUUUUUAUUAUAUUGGGGCUGCUCUGUUAUUGUAAACCAUUUGUUUUAAUUUUAUUUUGAAGUUUGAUUGUGUACUGUCAUAUUUGGG